AUGAUAUCCAUCCGAAUCCAAGGGACACCAACCAAUUUAACGAUAAUUCAAAUUUACGCACCGACUACCGACGCAGAGGAAGAAACCAUCGAAAAGUUCUACGCAGAACUACAACAACUGAUCGAUGAAACACCCAGAAAAGACGCAAUCCUCCUGAUCGGAGAUUGGAAUGUAAAAGUUGGCCAUAAAGAAGAACCUGGUGUAGUU